AUGUCAGAUCUCAGAGAUGGGCCUGAUCAUGCAGGCAACGGCAUGAACAGGAGCGCAGAUACCCAGACGUCGCUCUCGACUGGCGGCGCAUCGCCCGCGACUCAGCGCAAGUCGAAUCAAGCGUCUCCAUCCGACCAACCAAAGAAGAAGCGCAAAGUGAAUCAUGCUUGUGUCUAUUGUCGUCGCUCGCAUAUGACCUGCGAUUCUGAUCGACCCUGUAAGCGCUGCAUCAAGAGAAACAUCGGGCACCUGUGUCAUGACGAACCAAGAGACGGACACGGAUAUCACAAGAAAGGAAAGACUGAUUCAGAUACUCCUACUGGGGUCGACGACGGUUCUCCGCCAAAGGAUGACUUUCCCACGGCACCAGGCUCCGUGCCUGCACCCACGCUGAUCGAUGAAUCCGGCCACAAUCUGUUGCAAGAGAACAACAUCGGGCUGAGACCCUCCACGAAUGACACGAUGCCAGUCUCGAAUCCAAACGCACCGACGCCGACGGUAGGGCUCAAUGGAAACGCCCAACCUCAUUUUAGUUAUAAUGACCCAUGGCUUGGAGUGCAAAACCGAUUCCACGACAUGCACGCUUUCCACCCAAAUUACAUGUUUAAUGCCAACGAGGUCACGGACGAGUACAAUUUGCUCAACGACUUUCUCAGCAACAGUUUAUUUGAAGAGACAGGCAUGUAUUCCACGGACGAGUUUCAGGGACCCUUCAACGACCCGUCUUUCAUGAAUACCAUGGCUGCGUCGACACUCGGUGUGCACCCUCAUGAGACCAUGCUUCCACAAGAACAGCAGCUUGACGGUUCGACUGCGGCUCAGAACAACGCCGCUCAAGCAGCAUUGAUUUCCAGACCGUCGAGUGUGAAACCGGUUUCGGACAAGGCGCAAGAGAAGUACUAUAUGAUGGCAGCAGACCCGACGGGGGCAGCACCCCCAGAGGAACGGAUGCAGAAACUGCUAAAGGCCAAGUACGACGCCGGAAUGCUCAGACCUUUCAACUACGUCAACGGCUAUGCCAGGCUCAACAAAUACAUGGAAAAGAACAUGAAACAAUCGUCGCGUCACAAGAUCUUGAUGCAGCUGGAUCAGUUCAGGCCGAAGUUUCGAGAGAGAAUGCAGAGCUUGACUGAUAUUGAGCUUGUGUUGGUCGAGAUGUGGUUUGAGAGGAGUUUGAUGGAGUACGAUAGGAUUUUUGCCAGUAUGGCGAUACCCGCGUGCUGUUGGCGAAGAACUGGGGAGAUCUUUAGAGGCAACAAAGAGAUGGCCGAGUUGAUAAAUGUGCCCAUCGAGAGUCUUCGUGAUGGCAAACUUGCGAUUCACGAGAUCAUCGUUGAGGACCAGCUUGUUAGUUACUGGGAGAAGUUUUGCGCCAUCUGCUUUGAUCAGCAGCAGAAGGCCAUGUUGACGAGUUGUAUGCUGCGGUCUCCAAGCGCCAAUGGUGGACAGGGAGAAGAGAUCCCUUGUUGUUUUUCGUUCACGAUUCGACGAGACAACCACAACAUACCAUCAUUGAUUACGAUUUGUCCACAACCUGAAAUUUUGCCGCGAACCUUUGCAAUGCCGUUCCAGGAGAUUACAAGCAAGGUCCAAUCUGUUUUAGACUUUGCACUGCAUCUGCAGCAUGUCCUCGACAAAGAUGAGAAUGUCCCAUCCCAAACCAUUGCUGACACUCUAUCAUACGUACAAGCCUUGCCUCUCCCUCGCAAAGAGCUCUCACCUCAGCAGCGAGUUGAAUUUGAUCGGGUCGGAGUUUCAUUGUGGAACACAUGCUGUAAAAUUGGCAAAAGUGACGGAACACAAGAUCUGAAGAGUCUGGCGAUCAAUGCCGGGUUGUUCGAGCUCGGUGCUCGCCUUGUGGAACACCUGGCAGCAAAAGAAGAAGGUCUGGGAGAGAUCAACCAAGAGGACAGUCGUGGUGAAGUGAUGCUAAGCAAUGCUUUGCGUGCGGAAUAUUUGCUCGUGCGGAUUGCACUGGCAUGGAAACAAGACCGUAUCGAACUUGCGGAUCACUUCUACGUACAACUCGAAGCCGUCGAACCAAGGAUCGACCUCGGAGUUGUGAGAGGUCUGAUCGACCUGUGCUAUGAGAUCGGGAGUGAUCGGCUUAAUCACAAGCAAGGCCAUGUGGCGGCACAAUGGCUACAAAGAGGUUGCGAGCUAUCAGAUCAGUAUGAUGCGGAAAUUGGCGAUGCUGAUGUACACGAGAUGAGGCUCACGUUGUUGCAUACACUCGUAAGAGCACUGCGGUCUAGUCGACAUACUGAAGGCCGUGACGAGGCUUGCAAGGCUAUGAUGAAGUUGAAAGAGCAAUUUGGCCAGAAAAUCUGUGUCAUUAUCCUUCAGCUGGAGAUCUACAAGGAUGACGGCAAUUCAGACCCUGAAGCAUUUUCUCGAGGCAUGAGUUGGCAAUACCCAGGCAUUGUGAUCAUACUGACCUAG